AUGACGGACCGGACACCCUUACCCGGCAAAAAGUACAAAUUUUCAAUUAACAUAUUUGUACUUUUAAUGGUGCUGGUCAUUGCCGUGCAAGGCACAUACUUGGGAUAUGUUGUGGGGAUGUUGACAACGUUGGAGAAGCGCUUCGGAUUUUCGUCAGAAAAAUCUGGAUGGCUUCUGUCUUUGUACGAUAUCGGACACACAAUGGCUAUCCUCCUUAUCGGGUACAUCGGAUCUCACUACCACUUGCCAAGAAUUACUGGAAUUGGUUUCCGAAAUAAUGGAAAACUAAUUUCAGGCGUCAUCCUGAGUUCAUUGUCAAUGUUUAUGCUUGCACUUCCGGUGUUGUUUUAUGGAACCGCUGAUUACACGCAAGAGCAGUUAUUGCAGAAAAAGGAGGCGUAUGCUAUGGAGAUGAAUUGUGACGUCAAUGGGCGCCGUGAAAUCUCCUCUCAAGGAGAAGAUUGUUGGAGAGAACACAAAGAGCACACAAACGCCUUUAUUAUUCUCGCUUUCGGUCAACUCUUCGCCGGAAUCUUCGCCGCUCCAUUCAACACCAUCGCUUACGUCUACAUAGACAGCAAUGUGAAGCAGAAGAGAGAAUCUCCAUUCCUUCUUGGUCUUCUAACCUCAAUGUACGCUUUCGGACCUGCACUAGGCUUCUUGCUGUCUUCAAUUUUAAACGGAGUGUACACAACGCUUGGGGAUGCACCCGAUCAUAUUGGCACACACGAUGAACAUUGGAUCGGAGCAUGGUGGAUGGGCUUUUUGUUGUGCGGAACUGCGUAUCUGUUGUUGGCGAUUCCCUUUUUCUUUUUCCCAAGAACUUAUAAGCAUCCUGACUCUUUCCACUUGAUGCUGGAACAUUCGCGACCAGAAGUGAGCCCGGAAGAUCGACUAACUUUCAAAGAAAAUAUUGAAUUAUUCCUCCGUGAAUUCCCAAUGGUCCUCAAAAAACUCCUCACCAAUAAAGUCUACAUCACCAUGGUCAUCGCAUGGAUGUUCGGAUCAUACUUGAUCGGAGGCUAUCAAACUUAUCUUCCAAAAUUCAUUGAAACCCAAUACGGACGGUCCGCUAGUAUGGCUGAUAUCUACUCUGGUAUUAUAUCAGUUGGAGCCAUUGCUGUAUCAACAGCUCUCGGAGGUUGGAUUCUGUCUAGAUAUAAUAUUGCACCAAGAUCCUCCAUUAUUUGCCUUCUGAUGUCUUGGGUAGUGAUACUGGUUAGUUAUAUCAUUGGAAUGAAUUUGGGAUGCUCUCAACCGAAAGUAGAAGGUCUCAGUUAUGUAGACUAUGCGGACAGAUGGCACUUCUAUCAUCACCAAGAACGAGAGCAAGAAUGUCUGGCUUAUUGCAACUGUGAAACCAUUUUGAAGUUUGAUGGUGUUACUGUAAACGGGCAGAACUUCUACUCUCCUUGCCAUGCCGGAUGCACAGAUUACGAUGUUUUCUCCAAUACAUGGUCCAACUGCCAGUGUGUGUACGGAAACGCUGUAGAAAAAGGAUUAACCCAUCCGGAAUGCGACAUUUUCUUUGCUUACUUAGCUGUGAUGAUGAUUGGACUAUUUUUGGGAAAUCUAUUCUUCAUGGUGACAAUGAUGAUAGUUCUGAGGAGUGUAUUCGAUGAGGAGAAGGUUAUUGCGUUGAGUUUGGCAUCUUUUAUUACGAACUUGUUCGGAUUCAUCCCGGCGCCAGUUAUUUAUGGAUUCUUUAUUGAUCUUUGCUGUAUCCUGUGGAAUAGGCAGUGUCCUAAUGAACGUGGAAACUGCGUCCUCUAUGACAAUGACAAAUUCACAAAAAUGUUCCAUGGAGUCAAUAGUUUCUUCCAAAUCUUUGCCAUCAUAUUUGCUGCAAUCUGCUAUUGGCUCUCAAAAUCCGUGAAACUUCCCGAAGAAAUGCCUAUGGUAGAAUUUCCCGAAAGUCGAGAACGAGAAUAUCGAGAUGAAGAUGAGGAAUAA